AAAAUGUUUGUCGGAGGUCUCAAUUGGGAAACUACCGAUGAAUCUUUGCGUCAAUACUUUGCGCAGUUUGGAGAAGUCGCUGACUGCGUUGUCAUGCGUGAUCCUGCCACUGGACGCUCCCGUGGCUUUGGUUUCCUCACUAUGCUGGAUACCAAUGUAGUCGAUACCAUUGUUAGCCAAGACCAUUAUUUAGAUGGCAAACGAAUUGAUCCUAAACGCGCCAUUCCACGCGAGGAGCAAGAAAAGACAGAGAAGAUCUUUGUUGGUGGAAUCUCAGCCGAGGUUGACGAAGAAGAGUUCCGGGAGUUCUUUACUCGCUUCGGCAAGGUUACUGAUGCCACUCUCAUGACAGACCGUGACACUGGUAGACCCCGUGGUUUUGGCUUCAUUACUUUUGAAAGCAGCAAUGGUGUCGAUGAAGCUCUGCGUCAUCCCAUGUUAUCCAUCAAAGGAAAACCGGUAAAUAUACUCUCUCUCUCUUUAUAUAUAUAUCUGAGAGCGUACCUAGAAAAAUCUACUUUUUUCCCCUCUCCUAUUUUUUAA